AUGUUUAAAAAAGCAAAAAGAUCAAAUUUAAGACGGAGGAAUGAGUCGGACGAGGACGAGAAGGAGGAAAGCCAGCCAGCCCAGCAGCCAUGCGGGCCUUUCGCCGAGGAUCUCCCGAUGCCCGAUGCCCCCAGCACAGACGCCUUCUCCGGGGUUAGCGUGGACGUGCACCACGGCAACGGGUUUCAGUCAAAGGCCAUCAAGAAGGAAAAUAAGAAAACUCGGGAUGCAGGGGGAGCCCCGAAAGCCAGUUUGCUGAGCUUUGAUGAUGACGAAGGUAAAGUUAACGUCGGAUAGUUAGCUAGCUAACUGAUUACCUCUCCUUUAUUACCGGUAACGUGAGUUAGCUAAUCUAGCUAGCAAGCUAGUUAACGUUAGUUAGCUAACUAACCGGUUAGCUAACCGUUUCAGCGGAUAUUUAACUACCUAAUAAGUGUUCUUGUAAUAAAUACUGUGCUUCCGAGCUGACGUAUUGAACUGUUGACAAUUUCACAUUGUCAAAACAUUUUAAAACAUUGUCAACGUUUCUGCAUUGUGGGUUAGCCAAGUUAACUAAUGUUAGUCAGCUACAGUAGCUAGCAGAUUCAAGGUUGUAAACAACAUAGCUAACUAGCUAACUAGUUAACAGCCGUUUGGUUGCAUCCAAUCUUCACAUAAUUAUUUUGUUGCUUGUUUCAUUGUUUACACGAACGUUAACUGAUCUCUCUCUCGUAGAUGAGGCUGAGGUGUUCAGAGUGAAGAAAUCCAACCACAGCAAGAAGAUCGUCAAGCAGCUGAAGAAAGAAUACAAGGAAGAUCUGGAGAAGGUCUGCUAUGUCAAACAAGAGCCCAACACC